CAUGAACAUCAGUGACCCUCGAACGGAUUGCUUGCUUUUGCAUUCAAUGUCCAAGGUCAUUUGAUAUAAUUUGCUUUUCCGCUGGCAUAUCCAAACACUUGGGGCGGACCCAUUGCAGCCUUUGGGGAGGGCAAAGGCAAUGCAGAUCCUCCUUGCCACUGUGGUGCUUGCAAUACUUGGUGCCGCUGAAGGCGGCGGAUAUACAAGUCUUAGCCGGCGGUUGCAGGAGGACAAUGUUACUUUCGUACCAUUGCCGCCCAAGAUUGAAUACCCCAUUGACCCUGCUGCAAUGAUCGCAGGUGCCUUUGUUGGAGCACUCGGAGUUCCUUUUCUCUUUGGGCCACCACCUCAGGCCGUCCCGUUGGAUCACCCAUCAGGUGCCCAUGCCGGCUCUUAACCUGGAUGUUCUUCCGUAGCUGUUGAGCAAACUCAGUGACGUGCCAUUUUGCCUGACAAGGGGGCCUUUGCUGCGAGCUGUCGAAUCAAUAGCUGACGGCAAGGCUUUGCCCAUGAAUCAAGGUGCAACACGACACCGCAGAGGCAGUGGUAUCAAGCGAUGGCAAUCGCGAGUGCAAUGGUAUCAAGCGUUGGCGGAAGGGCAACACUCAUUGUAACACUAGUAGCUGCUAGCGCAGGUGGGUGGAGGGAUGCUCAACCACCCCUGAGGUCCAACUUGUCGGAUCCAGGCUAUCAGGUCGCGGCAGGCUUCUUGAGAGCCACAGGCACGUCGUCACCAACUGCAAUAGGCUGUUCGAGUGGCUGAAACAUGCUGAGUUGUUUCCCAUAUUCCCAAACCUUUAUCUCCUAUCUCCUAUUCAAGUAUCAAAAGCAAGGUCAAGUUGUCAAGGAGCCGAACAAGCAUUGGAGCUGGUCAGGACACUGGCAAGUUCAAGCCUUGCGCUUGCGUUUUUGACGGCUGUAGACAAUGAUGGCGCUGGUGUGCUCCCUGUGGGUUGGGUUGGGUUAAGCCCCUAGUAGCGUCCUUGUUACUAGUAGCGAUGCCAGGAGCCCCUAGUAGCUUCUUGUUACUACUAGUAAGGCACUUGUCACUAGAAGCGAUGCACUUGUUCCUAGUAGGGUCCUUGUUACUAGUAGUAAGGCCAGGAGCCCCUAGUAGCGUCCACUGUAGCGUCCUGGUGAGCUGAAAUUGUUCCGUCCCGAGGCCCGCUGGGCAGAACGCCGGCUGACUGUCAUAUUUGAUCGAUGCCUUACCAGCACAUUUCAGUGUAGUUAGGCUUCACUGCAUAAUUAACUUUUGUGGGGAAGCAAGGGGCUCGUAGGCUAGCUAGACCAUCCCAAAUCCUGGCCACCAUGAGAAUCAAAGAAGUACCCAAGGAUUUGGGCCUUCUUCGAGCGACGCAAGCCUAGAGGUGGUGCCUUUGAAGUGUUCCGUGGCGAGACAGAGUGAACAACAAGGAGGCCCUUCAGAAGGUCUAGAGAGUCUAUCUGCAGCUCAUCCUUGUGAGCACUCGGGUGAGCUGCAGCGAGGCAUUGGAACGAGAUGAAUCAACCGAAUACAAGAUUUACAAGAGGUCAAAAGGGACGGAGCGAAAGUAAGGCGAAAAGGGUCGAAGGAGUUUACAAGAGCAUUCAAAAGAUAACAAGAGUAAUAAGAGGAGAGAGAUACUGGCUGGGCAGUUGACG